AUGCUCAACACUAGAGCCGUCUAUGUCGAGCUGGCUAGACUCGCUAGAGUCCAGAGCUCAGUCUAUGCUAUUUUCCAUUUUAUGGUUGGCUGCUAUUCCAGAAGUCCAAAACGUCGGUGUUCUGCAGACCUCACGGCACGCCGGGCUCCACCCCCACGGACCACACGCCCGGCCCCGACCCCACCUCCUUCUCGACACCACCCGGAGGCAGCCUCGCCGCCGGGUGGCCAAUCGGGGAGGGGUAUGCAGCUCAGAAGCAUCUACCGUGCUUUGGUAACUAUGUUUAGGCAAAUUAACAUUCGACACGGUGAGACUCAAGACCAUGAGCACCAUCAUCUACGCCCACCUAACAAAAUAUUUCUUAAAAUUUCAGAAGUGCAAAAUUUGAUUCUUAGUAAAAGUAUCCGUAUUUACUGCAUCCUCGAAGAAUCCAACCAUGAGCAUUAGUGGGCUGUAAGGGAAGAGGCUUGGACCAAACCCUGUGACAAAGCAGAGCCCUACAGUACUAAAAAGAAUAGUUCCUGGACACAGAUGAAUAAACUUAACUAAGUCUCUGAAAAGUACAACUACAACUGGUUCUUUCUUGCAUGUCCCACUACAUUUUCUGUUUGAAAAUUACUGAAGUGUCUUCUGUUCGAUUUAGUAACUCCAUCAAAACCCUUUUAUCUAGGCCACACUAUCAUUGGAGAUCUUGAAUAUGUGCCACAUGAUCUGGAAGGAGGAAUUCCCUUAUGUAUAGAGCCUGAAAAGUGUGCAGAUCAAAGUGUGAUUUGGAAGUUACCUGGAUAUGCAGCUGGCAGCAGGUCUGAAAUAUACAGGAGUUAUUAUGCAGAAAAUGCAGAUGAUUCUCAAGGAAGAGAUGUAUUUAAUACAAAACCAGUUGCAUAUCUUGCUCAAGAGACAAUGUCUAAUAACCCCCAGCAAGUAGUAGAAGGCUACUGUUCAGGUAUGACUAUUACCUUUAAUGGAUUGACUCCUGGAAAGAUGAUAGUAAUGACGUAUGGUGUGUACUGGCUCAUGCCAUCUGGACAUUAUUUUAAAGACACACUGGUUUUCUUGCCUCCAAAUGGUUCAGAAAAUGACUGAGGGAAAUAAUAGAACUGUGCUGUCCAAAAGCACUUGAAAUGUGAAUUGAGAUGUGGUAUACGUGUAAAAUACACACUCCAUUCAUUUCUACAUAUAUUGUUUGAAAGUCUAGGACAAAAAGUG